UGUUUAACCAGUAACCAUAUUUAUAGGGUUAACUUGUUAGACGUCAAUGGGAGGACCGGUGGCUAUAGAAUAGAUAAAUAUCUUGGAUUGGUGGUGACAGUCCAUCUGGCACAGAUCUCAUAAACAACAUCCGUGAUGUUUUGGUGUCAGCCCGUUCUAUAUCCUUACUAAAAACGUGUAUUUACAAUGAUAAGCCACACAUAUCCGGCAAUCGUUCAUUGGACUCAAGCAAAAUUAUUGGGUCAAACAUGCAAUUGCAGGUUAAUCUGUUCUCAAUACAGUGCCAAAAAAGUGAUUCUUAAUCUCUCCUCCUGCAGUACCAGCAGUAGGCCUACUACCAGUAUGACAUCAGGAAAAUGGAUGGCACUGUCAGGACUGAUGUCUUAUUCAAAUCUGGUGCAUGCUGUGGCAGGAGCAGUUGGAAGUGUGGUGGCUCUGGCUGUAUUUUUUCCCCUGGAUACAGCCAGAACAAGAUUGCAAGUUGAUGAUCAAAGAAGAGCUAAACAUUCACCUUUUAUAAUGGCAGAGAUAGCUAAAGAUGAAGGAUUAUCAGCUUUAUAUCGUGGAUUGUUUCCUGUUGUAUCAGCCUUAUGUUGUUCGAACUUUGUUUAUUUUUAUGUUUUUAAUGGGUUAAAAGCUGUUAUGUUACAACAAACAGGAAAAGUUGACCCUUUAAAAGAUCUCAUGCUAGCGUUUAUAGCAGGUGUUAUCAAUGUAAUUGUUACAACACCACUAUGGGUAGUUAAUACAAGAUUAAGGCUACAAGGAGCUAAAUUACAAACCAAAAAAUAUGAUGAUCAAUCAAAACAAAAAUAUAAUGGCAUUAUAGAUUGUAUUAAGAAGAUUAUAAGGUAUGAAGGUGCCAGAUCAUUGUGGAAUGGAACCAUGCCUUCGAUUGUUUUAGCAUCAAAUCCAGCCAUACAGUUUAUGGUGUAUGAGACACUCAAAAGAUAUUUCCAGAGAAUUUUGAAAACAGCUGAGUUAAGUGGUGUGUUGUAUUUUAUAAUGGGUGCUAUUGCUAAAGCUAUGUCUACUGUAAUAACAUAUCCAUUACAAGUUAUACAGUCUAGAAUGAGGGCUGGAUUUUCAAAAGAAGAAGAGUCAAAAAGCAUGUUAGGUAAUAUAUUGCAUUUAAUAAGCACUCGGGGAAUCCCAGCUUUAUAUAAAGGAAUGGAGGCCAAAUUACUGCAAACAGUGUUGACAGCAGCACUUAUGUUUUUAACAUAUGAGAAAAUAGCUGCAUUUACAUUCAGAUUAAUGGGUAUGAAAGUAGAAAUACCAAAAAGAUAAUUUACAGUGACACGACGGCGGACAAUACACAUAUGCCAAGCUUAUUUGGUAAACAAAUGUAUAAGACGGUUUACAAUAGAAAAGGCCAUUUAUUAUCAAUAAAUGACAAGGAAGUACUACGUAUAAAAUAACGACAGUAAUAUAACAACAAUAUAUCAUGGUACAAAAUUAAGACACUCACUGUAACCCGGGUAUCAUUUAAUCUUGUGUAUUUAGCCUUAAUUUCUUUCACAAUCAUUUAAUAUCCAAUCUUUGUUUAAAAAUUCAUAAAAUUCAUUUAAAAUAACCCCAAAUCAUCUAAUUUGUACUUGUGUCCAGUUUAAAGCUGACCAUUCAAUUUUGAUAAUGAGUGUCCAAUUACAAGCGUUUAGUUUCUCGAUCACUGUUCAAAAAUUAAUUAUUAUGCUUUAAUAAUCAAUUGAGUUGUUUAUCUUUUAACAGUGAUCGAGAAAUUAAACGCUUGUAAAUUAGGCACUCAUUAUCAAAAUUGAAUGGUCAGCUUUAAACUGGACACAAGUACAAAAUAGAUAAUUUUUGAUAAAUUUAGACAAAUGAUACCCGGGUUAUGUAAUGAGACAUAUUGCCAUUGAUUAAUUAAAUAAAUGUUCGGCUUUCCAAAGAAGGGGUACAGUGUAUAGCCCUCCAUAGAUUGGGAGCACCACGCAAGGUGAGAUUGACUAACCUGCGGUCACUGAGGUGAACACCAUCUGUAAUGGGCUUAUAAAAUAAGGCAGAGGACAUAGGAAUUCCUUCAUGUAAAGCCCUUGGGCAUCGAGUGCUCUCUGUUAAACAUAAACAUAGUUAUCUCCCAUGCGCUGUUCGCUACAAAGACUGUUUAACCCUCUUGCAUAAAUGUCGCUUUUUUAUUCUAUUUAUAUAUUGUCUGACUUGAAUCAAUUCUCGUAUACUAUUUUUAUGGUAUGUUACAAUAUCCUUAUCUUAAAUUGUCCAUUUGUACCUUUUUUAUACGCCCACAUUUUGAUGUGGACGUGUAUUGUCGUCACCUCUGUCCGUCACUACAGGUCACAAUUCUUAUCCGAUUUUGACGAAACUUUAAAUAUAGGUUUAUCUCCAAUAGAUCUUGGUUCCUUUCGAUAUUGGCAUGUAUCGGAUCGAAACUUCAUGGAUUAUGGCCCCUGAAUGUACAAAAAAUCACAUUUUUUAGGUUGUGGACACUCUAGAGGUCACAGUUUCAUCUGAUUUUGAUGAAACUUGCAAUGCAUGUUUAUAACCCAACGAUCUUGGUUCCUUUUGAUAUUCACGCAUAUCGGAUUGUAACUUCCUGAAUUAUAACCCUUGAUUGUACAAAAUUUAGAGGUCACAAUUUUUAUCGGAUUUAAAAUAAACGUGUGAAUAUAUCACCAUUACACAUUAAGAUCUUGGUUUCGAUUUUAAAAACCGUUUAAAUAUAUCACCAUUCCACCAUACUGAAGGUUGAAUACGAAUUUCGGGAAAAUUGAAAUGAAACUGCCCAGCAAAAUGACCGCUCUUUGUAAGCAAAUUGUGUAAAAGUAUGUAAUAUGGAGAUUGUGGACCCCCUAGAGGUCACAAUUAUUUAUCUGAUUUUGAUGAAACUUGAAAUGUAUGUUCAUAACCCAAAGAUCUCAGUUCCUUUGAAUAUUCGCACAUAUCAGACCAUAACUUCUGGGAUUAUGGCCCCUAAUUGUACAAAAAAUCACAUUAUUUUUUAACUCCUUCUCUGUCCAUCUCUUGGAAAAUCUGGGCGUAUCUUGCAUGGCAACACUUGUUUUAAACACUCACAGAUUUUUUUAAAAAAAAAAAUCAUCUUGACAAUGUAUUCUAUACUGGUUGGUGUAUAUUGUGUUGCCUGACAACCUAUAUUAUUGCUCGGGAUUUUGUAAUUGUUGUUAUACAUGUGUUUUAUCAUUAACAUUAAUAUUUUAAAAAUAUAUGUAAAAUAAAGAAACAAAUUAUCAGAA